AAAUCAGAUUCAGAUAUAUUGAAAAUCCAAUUAGGAUAAAUAUAAAUCCCACUUUUAAUGCCAAUAUAUAUGCAAAUUUCCAUCCAUCAUUCUUCUCCAUUAACAUAUUCCUUCCCAAAUCGUGAAAUAAAUAUUUAUAUUUAGUAGUAGAACUAUACUGUCACUAGUUUUUCCAGCCCAGAAAAAUUUGAAACAAAGAUGGAUUCUUCAAAAUUGUUGUCUAGAUUAGUGGAAAUCAAGGUGAAAUCUGCCCAACUCAACACUGAAAAGAAAGGUAAUUUCUACGUGAGGAUUUCAGUCAGCGAAGAACAGGGCCUAAGAACAAAGCUGGCGAAUUGCUGCUCCAGCGAUAAUUAUUCCCCCACCUGGAAUCAGAAAUUCGUCUUCUCCGUCCCGGAGAAUUUCAUCUCCGACGAGAAAUCCACGGUGAGUUUUACCCUUUUCAAGGCGAGAAAGUACAUCCCGGAUUUGGUCAUGGGUCAGGCUUCCUGUGACGUGAGCAAAAUUUUUCCGGUGGAGGAAUGCAAGCAAUCCGCCGCGGCUGCGGACGGAGACGGCGGAGACGUCGUUGUUUACGUGGAGCCGGAGAUCCAAGAGAAGGAGACGUUUGAGGUGAGGGCGGAAUUGGCCGGGAUUUCGAUCGUCAAAGGUUGUAAUAACGGCGGGGAUCAGUCAACGACGACGACGGCGGCGGCGUACGAGGUUGGGACUUUGAAUGUGUCGAUUAGUGCGUGGGAAAAGUAUUAUCCGUACGAAUUGAAUUUGAAUGGGAGAUUGAACAAGAGUUGUUGUUUAAGUAACAAGAUGGGGAAAUUGAUCAUGCAGAGGGCAUCGAUUUACUCAUCGUUUUCGUCGUCUCAGGUUGGGAACUUGAAGCCCAGGAAUUUGGCUAUGGAGUUUGAAGAAUUCGAUGUGAUGAUGAAGCAGAAAUUGAUGAAGAAACAGCCUAAACGAUAUUCUGCACUUUGCUUUGCGUAUUAGCUAGGUCUUUCUUCUCUACCAACAACAAUUUAAUCUUUAAUUUUUUUUUUAUGGGUUCUGUUUUUUUUCUUUUGUCUUUGUUGAUUAAUUUUAUGAUCCUAAUUGUAAAUAAUUCAGCUGCUUCCUUCAUUCUCUUCUAUUGGAAUUAAUGGAUUAAUGGUUAAGAUUGAGAAUAUUUUAUUGUCGCUUAGCUCAACCAAUUUGUUUUUUGGUGCGACAAUUUUAAUGAAAUGAUAUUUCUCG